AUGCUGGCCAGUAGCGCCGCGCAAUUGAGUUUCAGUGCCCGGGAGGCAUUCGCUCGUGGCAGCUACUCCCAGGCCGCCGCCACCCUCAAUGACCUGGCAUCCCUCUGUUUGGACCUGUCGCUCUUCUCCCUGCCUGGGAACUUCCCCGAUCCCACGGUUUCGCUGCAGGCCGGUCCGCCCCCCUCAGCAGCCUUUCUCCCGCCGCCUCCUCCAUUGGCCCACUCACCAAUCGGGACUACGGUGACCUCGGUGCCGGUGCCGGCUCCAGCCCCCCUGGCCACCGCCGGCCCCGGGCAUGCCCUCCCGAAGCCCCCGCUGCUGGCUGGCCUUGCCUCCGGCCCCGAUGGGGCUUCCUCACACUUUUCUACCGACCCACCCGCGCCAACUUCCAUCGCCUCAGCGGGCCAUUUGGCACUUCCCAAUGCUCUUGCCCGGGAUGUGAGUCUCUCUUCACUGCAGCUCCUCUUCCGAGCACGGAGCCGCUCGGUCAAGCACACCGGCCCCUGCAUGUGA